AUGGAAACAAAAAGAACUACUGCCGCUGCUGUUCAGAUUCAGCAGCACACAGCAAUAGCAACAGCUUGGUGGCUGAUAUAUAGACUGGUAAAUUGCUUGGAAUACCCAAAAACUUGGUUGGAAGAGACACGUAGCAUGCUGAUGAUUGUGGCAACCAUGAUAUCAACUUCAACUUUCCAAGCUGCAGUUAACCCACCCGGUGGUGUUUGGCAAGAGAAUAAUACAAAUAGUAGCGCUGGAGGCACUACUUAUUGCACCCAAAAUAACAUAUGCUUGGCUGGAACUUCAGUGGCAGGCAGCGCCUUCCCAAAAGAAUUCCUCGCGUUCGUAACAUUCAAUACCAUCUCGUUUCUUGCUUCUCUCAGUGUCAACCUUUUGCUUGUUGGCGGAUUUCCCCUCCGGAAUCGCGUAAUUAUGUGGCUUUUAUCAAUGGCCAUGUGUCUCACUCUCACUUCUAUGGCGCUCACCUUUUUACAGGCUUCCUUGUUGGUGGUUCCAAAUACUGACAUUCUCGUUUCACACGGAGUUAGAUCCCGUAAAUCCGCUGUGUUGGUUUGGAUUGCGUUGCUUCUAACCAUCGCUUCAAUCCACACCAUUCGCCUUAUCAUUUGGUUGUCAAGGAAGUUGUGGGGCAGGUUCAAGCAUAAGUUCCCAAAAAGCCUCAGGAAAGUGGUUGAUAGUUUGGUGGAUAGUUCGAGAGCACGUCACCGUACCAACAAAUUCUGA